GCUCCUGGGCGGCGCGGCGGCCUGGGUGACCGCUGUGCCCCGGCCCCUGCAGGAGGAUGUUGGUGGUGGAGGUGGCGAACGGCCGCUCCCUGGUGUGGGGGGCCGAGGCGGUUCAGGCGCUGCGGGAGCGCCUGGGAGUAGGGGGCCGCACAGUGGGCGCCCUGCCCCGUGGCCCCCGCCAGAACUCGCGCCUCGGCCUCCCGCUGCUGCUCAUGCCCGAAGAGGCGCGGCUCCUGGCGGAAAUCGGCGCCGUGACCCUGGUCAGCGCCCCGCGCCCGGAUCCCCGUCAGCACAGCUUGGCUCUGGCAUCCUUCAAGAGCCAGCAAGAGCAGGGCUUCCAGGAGCAGAGCGCCCUGGCGGCCGAGGCCCGCGAGACCCGGCGGCAGGAGCUCCUAGAGAAGAUUGCGGAGGGCCAGGCUGCGAAGAAGCAGAAGCUAGAGCAGGAUUCAGGGACUAGCGAGAGCCAGGAGGCCGGUGGGGACCCACCUGCGGGAGACAAUGAGGCCAGUACUAGCCAGACCUCUGGAGAGCCCGAGGAAGCAGGUUCCUCCUCUUCUCAGCCAGGGCCUUCAAAUGGGGUGACCCCCUUACCCAGAUCUGCUCUGCUCGUCCAGCUGGCCACUGCUAGGCCUCGCCCCAUCAAGGCUAGGCCCCUGGACUGGCGUGUCCAGUCCAAAGAUUGGCCCCAUGCCGGCCGUCCUGCCCACGAGCUGCGCUACAGCAUUUACAGAGACCUGUGGGAACGAGGCUUCUUCCUGAGUGCCGCUGGCAAGUUUGGGGGUGAUUUCCUGGUCUAUCCUGGUGACCCACUCCGCUUCCAUGCCCACUACAUUGCUCAGUGCUGGGCUCCUGGGGACCCCAUCCCACUCCAGGACCUGGUUUCUGCAGGCCGCCUGGGAACCAGUGUGCGGAAGACACUGCUCCUGUGUUCGCCACAGCCGGAUGGUAAGGUGGUGUACACCUCGCUGCAGUGGGCCAGCCUGCAGUGAGCUCCAGAGACCCGUGGGAUGUGGCUUUGGCAGGGGCGAGAGCAGCCUUCCUGCAGGUCGUACUCACCUCUGCCGGGGCGGCUUGCGCGCCCUCCUGCCCCCUCUGCAGCUAGGUGUGACUCCAGACCUAGGAACACGACGUGCUGCUUACGUCCCUCCCGUUUCAAAGCACAUCUCGGCUGCGCUGUUUUUGUAGUUACCUAUUUCCAAACUGUGAGCUUUUGAACAUGAUGACUGGGCUUGGUACACCUGUUUUCUACCCGGUUUAGGUCCCAAGAGGCCUCAAUAAACUUGCUGAAUAAAUGUGGAAA